AUGGCAGUGGCAGUCAGCAACAAGGUGCAAGGGGAGCUGGAGAGGACCUUGACACUGAGAUGGUGGACCAGCAGGAGCAAGCAGGAACUUCAAGAGCUGGAGAGGGAAAACCAUGGAGAGCACGCCAGAGAGGAAGAGAUGUCUGUUGGGCUGUUAGAUAUGGCAGCGAUGUCUGUUGAUGAUCAAUACGAGGGCUGCACAAAGGAAAUGUCAGAGUUGGUAGAGAAUACAUAUCUAAAAAAAGAAUUUAAGAGUACAAAGAACUUCAAAGCAGCUUGGCUUAAAGGAAAUGAGUGGUGCUCCAGUAAAAAUAAAGGAAAUAAUUUGGGAGGAAUUAAUUACUGCAUUGCCUUGUAUGUGUAUACAUAUGAUAUUCUUACACCACGGGUAUAUAAAGCUUUCAAUGAUGCCACUCGUGGUGGGAAAUCACAAUACACAGGACAGACAUAUCAGUGGUAUUCUCUUCACUUUUUGUUGACACGUGCAGUACAAGUUCUGAAGGAAAGCGAGAAGCAAAACAACAUGAAAUGCAGAUUAACAUAUCGUGGUACAUGGGUUCAAUUUGACAAAAAGACAAAAAACAAAGAGAUUCGAUUUGGCUUUUUCACAUCCUCUUCUCUCAGACUUAAUCAGACAAAGAGGUUUGGAAAUGUGUCGUGUUUUGAAAUCAACCCAUGCCAUGGUGCAUAUAUCACAGAUUAUUCCGCCUUCUCACAUGAGACCUAUAAAGUCACAGAAGUCUUAGAGAAAAGAGACAAUCAUGGCCUCUGGUGCGACACUGUGUAUAAGCUGCAGAGCACUGGGAUCAAAAGUACACUGAACUGUGCAGUGGCGCCAAAAAAGGCUUCUGGCUAA